AUUCUUCACAAAAUCCAUGUUGCUUCGAUUAGGGGAUUGGAAUUGUCAAAAAGGAGUCCGACCCCUGUUAACAUUCUUGACUGAUGAUGAUGAUGCUGAUGAUGUUUCGCCAAAAAAAAAUUAUUCUUGACUGAUGAAUUGCUAAAGUGACUCCUGGAAGCAAAGCAUAUGUUCUUUACUCUCGUGGAAACAAGAUCUGGAAUCUCGGUCCUCUCAAUUAAGCAAUCCCCAUCUCCCCUUCUUCCCCAUGUGGCUGCUCAAUCAAACCAAGUAAAAGAGGAAGAUUAAAAAAUACAAAGAAAGAUCAAGCAAAUGGAGUUGGAGUUGGGGCUGAAGAUCUCUCAAACAAGGGAUGAUCUCAGCUCCAUGGCUGAUCUUCGGAUCUCGAAGGAUGCAGGUGGUGUCUUAUUCUUUUCCAGAGAAACCGAAGAGAAGUUCGUCCUCACCGGGCAUCUCAGAGGGUAUAGACGGAAGCACAUUGAUAUCAGGAUUAACGAGGACGGGACUCUAAUCUCUAUCAGUGGGAAGAAGCCGGUGCAAGAGAAGGUGAUCCAAGGAUGGAUUGUGUACAAGAAAGAGGUCGAACUAAAGGGAUUUACGAAGGUCUUCCAAAUACCUCGAGGGGUCAUAUUGGAUAAAAUUAAGGCCAAGUUCAACGAUGCUGGGUCGGUUUUGACCAUUUCAAUGCCCAAGCGAGUGAAGGGGAUAUCUGGAGAAGGAAUUGAAGAAGUAAAGGAAGCAGUCGGUGGCGACUGGGAAAGCUCAGGAGUCCGCGAUGAAGUCGAUGGAAUGACGGGACGGGAACGCGAAGAGAAGAGUACUCGGGAAGAAACAAGUACUAGUAAAGUGGAGGAUCGCCAGAAGCUUGAUCAAGAGACUUCCGAGGGAAAAGGCGUGCAAACUCACGAGAAGAUCAAAACAGAAGCGAGGGACGUCGUACAGGAGAGGAAGACUAAUCAACAAAAAUUAACAGAGUCAGUAGAAGCUGCAACUGCUCCUGAUAAGUUCACUCAGCAAUCAGAAUCAGCACUGGAGGAAACCGAUAGGGAAGAGGGAGCUGAAGAAAAAGAGGAGAAAAGAACUUUAAAUUCCGGCGGGGAUGAUGGAACCCGACAAGAGGGUCGGAGAAAGAAGUUCAAGAUCUGUACUCCGGUUGUUGCAGGAUCGGCAUUACUGGUGUCUCUGAUAGUUCUUGUUAUAAACUUAACGAAGGCCAAACGGAGAUGAUCACUGUGAUUUUAUAUAUAAAUUAUGUUCCAUA